AGCCAUCAACAGAGCAGACAUCCAAGACACAGACAUGGAGGCCAUAAUGGACACCAUCGUAGACAGCCUCUUCUGUUUCUUUGUUACUCUGGGUGCAGUGCCAAUCAUCCGAUGCCCCAGGGGAAACGCUGCAGAGAUGGUGGCUGUGAAGCUGGAUAAAAAGCUCCGUGAGAACCUGCGGGACGCCAGAAAUAGUCUGUUUACUGGAGACAGUAUGACUGCCGGACAGUUCAGUUUCCAGAGGCCCCUUCUGGUUCUAGCAGACCGCAACAUGGACAUGGCCACGCCCCUUCACCACACCUGGACCUAUCAGGCUCUGAUCCAUGAUGUCCUGGAUUUCCAUCUGAAUAGGGUGAUGAUGGAGGAGGGAGGGGGGACCGAUCCAUCACACGCUGGCGCCAGACCAAAGAAAAAGACCAAGAAGACGUAUGACCUCACUGCUGCUGAUAUGUUUUGGCAGAAGCACAAGGGCAGUCCAUUCCCAGAGGUGGCGGAGUCGGUCCAGGUAGAACUUGAUGCAUACAGAGCCCAGGAAGACGAGGUCAAACGGCUGAAAAGCAUUAUGGGUUUGGACGGCGAGGAUGAAGGAGCCAUCAGCAUGCUGUCAGACAACACAGCCAAGCUCACCUCAGCCGUCAGCUCUCUGCCUGAGCUCCUGGAGAAGAAAAGACUGAUUGAUCUUCACACAAACGUUGCCACUGCUGUGCUCGACCACAUUAAGAGUCGUAAAUUAGAUGUUUACUUUGAGCAUGAAGAGAAGCUGAUGAGUAAAUCAACCAUAGACAAGUCACUGCUGGACGUCAUCGGUGACCCAGACGCGGGAACUCCAGAGGAUAAAAUGAGACUCUUCCUCAUCUACUACAUCACAGCUCAGCAGGUUCCUUCAGAGUCUGAUUUGGAGCAGUACAGGAAGGCUUUGGUGGACGCAGGCUGUGACCUUUCACCUCUAAACUACAUCAAACAGUGGAAGGCGUUUACCAAAAUGGCUUCCGGCCCAGCUAACUACGGCAACAGUGGAGUCAAACCGAAGGGGCUGUUCUCCAGAGUCAUGAACACUGGCUCUCAGUUUGUCAUUGAGGGAGUGAAGAACCUGGUGCUCAAAGAACAUAACUUUCCGGUGACUCGGAUUGUGGACAACCUGAUGGAAAUGAAAUCUCAUCCUGAAACUGAUGAUUAUCGCUACUUUGACCCAAAGAUGCUGCGGGGCAGCGAGAGCUCCAUUCCCAGGAACAAAAAUCCAUUUCAGGAGGCCAUCGUGUUUGUGGUUGGAGGAGGAAACUACAUCGAGUACCAGAACCUGGUGGACUACGCUAAGUCAAAACCRGGGAGGAAGGUGGUUUAUGGCUGCAGUGAGCUCUUCAACGCAGCUCAGUUUAUGAAGCAGCUCUCUCAACUUGGACAGAAGUGACCUGUGCACCAAUAAAACCGAUCCUUCUGUUUCCUAGCUAACCUCUGUUUUAUAUCAGCUCUCUUCUGUAAAUGGACUAAAUAUUUCUGUCUUUGUAAAUCUGCUCCAUCCACUCAUGCCUAAUAAACCUGAACAGUCUGAAGUC